AUGCUGACCCGAGAAGAUGUUAGUUGAAAAACAUAGUUUGUCGAAAAACAUUGAAAAUUUCAGAUUGAAAAAGCGGAAGCCCGCGAAAAACGAAUGCGUGAUGCUCUCAGCAAAGUUUUCGAAAUCAAUAUCAAGAUCCCCGGUAUUAACAUUUUUAAAUGUAUUAUCCAUCAAUUCAUAAAUUUAUAGAUGUUUUCACUAUCGAGAAGCGAAUUGCGAAAAACAAAUUGUAUAUUUUGGCUGAGUUAGCGAAAACUGAGAAGUUUUGUCCUGGUCGCUGCAGUAAUAAAAAUGCAUGUAUCGAUUCUCUCGCAAAACCUUCAUGUUAUGUUAUUGAAACUGAAUCUCCGAAGAAAGUUGAGAAACAAAAUAAGAAGAUUUGUUCAACAUCAAGAAAUAUUGAAGAAACGUGUGAUUUAGAAAAAGAAGCAAUGUCUGUAUUAUUAAUGUUCCAUGAAGAAUCAACAUCUCCAAUUUUCGAAGGAUUUUCGAAUUUUCGAAUUCCAGGAACUUAUAAUAAUUCAAGACCCGAAGUUUCAUUCGAUUUUAUUGACUGGAAAAAUACACCGUGCUGCUCGACCGAUCCAUUGUUUAUCGAAAAGGAAAUCGACCCUUUUCAUGACUUUUUAACUCGUAAAUUUCAAACGUUCUCAUAGUUACUUUAUUUUUGUAUUAUUUUCAGCUGCUGCCAAUUCACCAGAAACACCAGAUGAUUGCCGAGAACAAAAAAUUAUCCCAUGUCCAAUCAAAACAAUAAAAGCCAUCGAUUUGAAAGUUUGUAAUGAUUUCGAUAUGGAUAUUCUUCUAGAGGAAGAAUUUCAGCAAAUGAUGGAAAUGGUUCGGAAUAUUGUUUUUUUUUUUUGAUAAUUUCACAGUAUUUUUUUUCAGAUAAAAGAGCAGAAGAAGGAAGAAGAAGAAAGGAGAAAAGCAGAGAAUGAUGCAUUGAUGAAGGAGAUUACAGAAUUGCUCAAAGAAUCAGUGGAAUCUACCAUAGAACCUCAGAAUCAAGAAUUUAUGAAAAUUCGAAAAAUUGCAGCGGAAACUCGAAAUGAUCUUGAAGAAGAAAAAGAUUGCUAUACGUCCAAUUGAAAAAAUAAAAUCAUUUGAUUUACGAGUUAGCGCUGAUUUUGAUAUGGAUGUGCUUCUAGAGGAAGAAUUUCAGCAAAUGGUGGAAAUGGUUAGAAUUUUUUUCUUUUUUUUUAAUAUGUAAUAAUUGUGUUUUUCUAGAAUGAAAAGCAAAAAAAAGAACAAAAAAGGAGAAGAGAAGAUGAUGAAUUGAUGGAUGAUAUCACAGAUUUGGCAAGGAUAGCAAUGGAACCUGAAACAGAACCUAGAAAUCAAGGAUUCAUGAAACGUCGAACAAUUGCAGCUGAAAAACCAAAUGAGCCAAGGAUCUCUUUUGCUCUCAAAUCAAAAGAAAAUACAAUGAGUGGACCCACAGCCAAAAAACGAAAAUUCUGUCCACGAAUUCGGGAAUUCGAUGCAUCUAGUGAUGAUGAAUUGUCAGAUGUUAAUCCGUGAGUUUUAGAGAUUUUUCUGAAAGAACCACAUUGAGAAAAUGGUUAUUUUCAGAAAAUCACUUGGAGAUCGAGGAAAAUCUAAUCAGAGUGCAGGUAUGUUUUAUUUGGAUAAUAUUCUUGGUUUUCUCAUGUUUAAUUUUUUUUUCUUCAGAAAAUCGUACAACAAUCCUUCAAAAUGUUUCAAAACUUAUUGAAGAAUUCGAACAAGCUGUAAGAGGAAGAAGAGAGAAAAACAAAGCAAUUUUUGAAGAAGUUUUUGGAAAAGUUGAUGAAAUCGAGUCAGUUGAACGGGAAGAAUGGAAUUAAUCGGAAAUUUCAGUCGAAGAACUUGAGAAGAAAUAUGAAUGGCCUUUCGAAAAAUCAAAAGGUGUUUAUUGGCCAGUCACUGUUCCAUCAAUUGAUCAGAAAAAACGGAAAGCUUAUAUUGAAAGGUUAGUUUUUGAAUUAAGACAAAAAUAAGUUGGAAUUCCAAUGCAUUUCCAGGAAACAUAUGGAGCAAUUGAUGAAAAAUCAUUCAUGUUCAGGAUCGUAUUUAGCAGAUUUUGUGAGUUAGAUCUAGAAAAAAAUCUCUCACAAUGAAAUAUUUCAGCUAUUGGUAAAUGAAGAUUCAUCGAAGACUGCAGCCGAGCAAUUUCUACAAAAUUAUGCAGUUUCUGGAAGUAAAACGUGGAAUGAUAGAAGAGAUAGAAGUGGUAGAAGUGAAUGGAAAAGAUAUGAUGAACUUGAAGGAGGUCGAUUUGCUCAUAGGAAAUCGUAUAAAACGAAUUCGACUAAUCAAACAAAGUAGGUUUUUUUUAAAAACAAUUCUAAAAAUGGUAAUUUUGAAACUGGAGCUUUAAAAAAAAACUUUCCAAACUUAUUUGAAAAAUUUCUAAAGUUGUUCUUUGUUAGAAAAUCAUCUAUUUUUAGGCAAAUGGCUUAUGCAACAUAUGAUGAAAACCGGGAAAGAGAACGAAAUCAAACUCGAGAAUAUUGGGAAAUGCGUGGAGACGAAUUGCAGAGAAGUUGGUUUCCCAUUUUUAUUUUCAAAUUAAAAAAAACAUCUAAUAUUUCAGAAGAUACAGAAAUCGGUUUCAUGAAAGAUUGUGUCAGAUCACACCGAAUAGAUUGUUAUUCUCCACAAUCUGGAUCAACGAGAUUAGAGAAUUAUCCAAGAAAUUAUAAAUGGACUGUUGAUUUGAAUCAACUUCAACCUCAUUAUCGAGAUGAACAACUUCAAAAAACGUUGAGUUAUUUAAAUAAGGCAUAUGAUGAGUUUUUGAAAAUAAGGCAUAUAGAUUGGAGAAAAUGGUAUGGAAUGCCAAUGCAUGCAUCACUUUAUUUUCAAUGGAAUUUAUCUAAUUUGUCGGUUUCUCAAUAUGAAGCCGUUUGGGAAGUCAGGAAACAGAGAGUCGAAAAAUUGGUGCGUUUUUUCAUGACAUGUUUUUUCUACGAAAUAGUUCACAUAAAAAUAUAUUUUCUCGAAAAACAUUACUCAAGAAUCAAGUUUGUGAUAUGAAAAACCAAAUUUAGAUUUUCAAAGAUUCAUUUUUUUUGAAACCUUAUUUUCCAAAUUUUUCAUAGCUAACCUAAAUUUUUUGUUUCUUUUCAGCUCUCGAAACGACUUUCUCUAAACAUGCAAGAACUUCGAAAAUUGUGCAAAUUAACAGAGGCCGACAAAAAAGUUUGGACAAUUUUAUACGAAAAUUUAAGCGCGCAUUUUAAUGAUUUUCGUGAGUUUUUCCUACAAAUCUUUUCAUUAUUUGUCGAUAUUUUCCCAGCAAUGCUUUCACAAAUAUUGGAUAAUCCGGAUCGAAUUCAAGUUUUGAACAAAGUUUUCAAAAAAAAGUUUCCGUGA